ACACAGAGAGGAGGAAUUUCCUCGAUGUAUGUUAUCUACAACAAGAUGGCGAGGACUAUGUACUUAAUGGUUUUAUUUUAGCACUUUAGACACCUUUAUACGCUUUACACUUUUAUUUUUUACCAUCCAAUCCGGUUAUUUGUUACAACAUGUGUAAUUGGAGUUUGACUAACAGUUUGACUCCCAAGGAGAACUAUCGGGGGACAAAAACCUAAAGCUGAGAUCUAAUAUAACGUUAGCUAGAAUGAUGGAACCAGCAGCGAAGCAGAAAGUGAUUUACAUCACCUACCUCAUCGCAGCGUUGGACAUCACCUGGCUCUUCCUCCAGUUCUCCAUUACACCGUAUUUGGCGAGGAGGCUCGGGUUCGAUACUAUUUGGUUCGGAUAUCUGCAAACCACAGUUGGAGUAAUUCAGCUGCUUGGAGGACCUAUUUAUGGAAGGUUUGCUGAUGUGUUCGGCGCACGCGCAGCUCUCUCUGUGUCUUGCUUGGCAUCAGUGGUUUAUUUCCUACUGUUAACAGUGGCCGACAACACUUUCAUGCUUUUCGUGCACAAACUACCUUCUGUAUUCAUGCAUGGACUGCCAGGAGCUCAAAUGGUGGUUGCAGAUCUGUCGGAGAAUGAGAAGCGAGCAGAUGCUCUUGGGAAACUCGGCCUGUGCUUUGGCAUUGGCAUGAUCGCAGGAUCAUCACUGGGUGGGACCCUCAGCACACACUUUGGGGAAAAGUUUGCAGCAUCUUUUGCGGCUGUUGGAAGUUUUGUUUCUUUGCUGCUGGUGUUGAACUUCAUCCCUAAACAGACCAAAUUACAACCCAUGCAAGAGAGUAACAAGAAGGGAUCAUCAAAUUCCGUGUUUAAUGUGGGGGAGAUCACUAGACUGAUGAAGUUUCCAGGUGUUGCAAAGACCUUUACAGUGAAGAUUAUUUCUGGAUUACCAGCAGGUAUAUUUCAAGUUAUGUUCUCCAUCAUUGCCAUGAACUUCUUUCAACUGAAGGCAGAGCAGAAUGGCUAUCUGAUGGCUUACAUUGGCAUAGUACAAAUGGUAAUCCAGGGUGCUGUAAUUGGGCGUCUUACAUCUAGAUUUUCAGAGUAUUCUUUACUGCUGCUCUCUGUUGGGGUAUCCAGUUUAGUGGGCCUUGCACAGGCUAUGAUGACCAAUGUGUUCCAUUUUUGUUUAAUCGUAAUACCGAUGAUGUUUUCUCUAAGUGUCUUCAGUGUCAUCACAGACAGCAUGUUGACUAAGAGUGUGUCUCCAUCUGACACAGGAACCAUGCUGGGUCUGUGUGCGUCGGUGCAAUCUCUUUUGCGAACUGUGGGCCCAACCAUUGGAGGAUUCCUCUAUGAGACAUACGGUGUGCCAUCCUUCGGAUACAUCCAGUGUGUCAUUAAUGCUGCUGUCUUUAGUCUUCUGCUAGCCAAUGGAGUGCGCUCGCAGCCACACAAACCCAAAAAAAAUUGAAAAGAGUUAUGACUGUCCUGUUCAUGGUCACACUGUAUGAGAGGGCACAUACAACAAACCAUGGGUAUUUAACUUACCUCCUUACACACUGGAGAACGACUUAGUCACAAAUAACUCUGCUGAUCUCAGUUUUGUUAAUACCACAGACAUUCAAAAUAUCUUAAGUUACUGUCAAGUUAUUCCACUUUAUAUCACAAGUUAGCACAGGAUUUUUUUUAAGGUAGUUUCAUAUCUUAAAAAGGAGCUGGCAUGUAAAUGUCCACUGUAGGUCAGAUCAAAGAAGCGCAAAUUGCUUUUAUCCGUGUGGCAUUAGGAUAGUUUCAGACAAUCCCAUAUUAUACAGGAAUUGUUCAUUAUAAUAAUGUAGCAGUUAUAAUACAUCAUGAAAAAUAACUAAAUUACAAAUCCAUAAUUUUGUAUCUGAAACUUAAAUGAAUAUAAAGGAAAGUCUGUGUUUUUCUCCAUAUUUAUCUUGUUCUUCCACAUUGCAA